AAAAGCGCUGACCAGCCUCGGCGGAAAAACAGAGGCAAGGAUGUCAUGCUGGAGCCGAUACCAGGACAGAAUACCGGAUCGUCUACCGCUCAGGACAAAACCCCGACAGCAAUUUUCUGUUGUUGUAGAUAGAGGAGAAGGUGCUGUCGGGAGUUGAAGUCCGCGCACGCUUCUUUAACCGGACGAUUGCGAACUACAAUUCCCACAAUGCAGUACAAACGGCUGCAGCCGGCCAAGCAUUGCAGCGAGCAACGAAGAGAAACUGUCUGUCGUAGACAUGCGCACAAUAAAACAAAGAACUCCGGACGCCAGAGAUCUGAAAUAUGCACCUGUUCAGAUACAUUAAUAACACGGCUCUGGAGCAUGUGGGACUUGAACCCGGAUCUUCUGAUUCAAAAGGAGAAGCAUUACCACUGUACCCCAAUUGUUAAUGUCAUUCAAAGAAAUUUUUACAAAAUACGCGAUUUUUCACAAAAUGUCUUCUGAUGUAGAUCUGCCGAAGGGUUCAUGCCAAAGGCCAGUCCUGAAGAAGGGAGAUAUGAGUGAAGAGGAAAAAAAAUCAGAAGAUGAUAUUGACGAAGAUGACGAAGAAACCCCCAUCACAGCUGUAGCCCCAGCAGUAAUCCUUCAAGAAGAGGAACCUGCAGAUGUGUCUACAAGUCCUGCUUUUCAAUGCCUGGAUGAAUUGUUUUCUGCUGGAAAAAUUGCAGGAACUCAAAUUGCUCAUUUGAAAUCCAAGUACAUUCUAUUGCUUGAAGCUUUAAAAAGGACGCAGGAGUCUGAGGUCAAGUUAUUACAGGAUGCUAAGUUCUAUACUGCUGAAUUGGAGCGCCAAAGGCAAGAGUUGGAAAAAGGUGAUCAAUUUCCUGAGAGUUACGAUACAGAGGUCAACAAACUAAGACAGCAGCUGCUUCAUUGUCAGAAUGAAUUGAACCAGACUGAAGAGCGUAUUUCUCAACAGAAACACAGAACUAUAUAUUUGCAAGAAGAACUGGAAAUGUUUAAAAAAGACUUUGAGAGGCUACCGAAAGCUGCAGAUUUUGAAAGGAAGACAAAAGCAUUGAGAGAAGGUUGUAUUGAACUAAGUAGAGAGAUUACACAGAGAAAACGUGAAAUUAAAACAACAAAGGAAGAAUUGGAAAGCAAAACAGAAGAUAUGAAAAACUUGCAACAAGAACUGGAACAGAAGCAAGAAAACGAAGAACACCUCAAACUUGAUCUGGUCCAAUUACACACUGUUCCUGUUCAACUGGCCAAAGAUAUACAGAAGUUGAAUCGCAAAAGAAACAAUUUGGAGAAGGCAAAAGCUGAAAUAGAUGCACAAUACAAUGAACUUCUUGGUUCAGUACAGCAAAUAGAAAAUAAAUGCAGAAUGGUCGAAGAUGAGAAAUUGGAGGUAAUGAAAGAGUUGGAUGACAAAAGGACUUUACUGGACAGCAAGGAGCAAGAACACAACCAGUUAGUUAAGAUGGUUGAGUUGGGCAAAGAAAAUGAAUCUACAUUAAUGGGACAAAGAGCUUCCCUGGACUUGCAUCUACGUUACAUCCAUACUGAAAAGAAAAUACUGUCUGACACGGUGGUGGUGAAACAAAGAGAGAAGGACCGAGAGCUCCGAAAGACAAAGAAAAAAGAAAAACAGCUGAAGUCAUCAAUGGAUGCACUGGCAUAUGCUGAAUUUAGCUAUGAAAAAAUUAAAACACAGGUAGAAACGUUUCCGAUUGGUGGAGCAUUUUUGGAAAAGAGGAAUGAACUGGAAAGUGAGGUUAAAAGUUUAAAAAGAAAACUAGCAGACCAGCUUUCAUUGACGGAGGUAGAGGUUAAUUUACUGCGUAAACGUAUGCUUGAAGAAGAUAAUCUCAUCACAGAACAAAGACGUGCCCGUGAAGAGGUUAUAAACCUAGCCCGGCUUGCCCAGAUCAGGUCUGAUGAGAAAGAUCAGAAAGCAAGGGAUCUAAUGAAUAUGCAGUGUAAAUGUGAACGAACCAUAGAAGAGCUGAAAAAGGAGAAACUGACCUUACAGGAUUCUGAAAAGAAGCAUAGACAAAUGCUGGUUAGCCUAAAGAAUUUUGUCAAAGUGUACCAGACCAUCAAAAAUGAGAGAAACAAAUAUGUUAAUCUCAUACAAAGUGCAGCACAGAUAUCUGCAGAAAUGCGGGAAAAGAUAAAAAUUCUACAGAAUGAAAUGGAAAUUCUCAGGACUACUACACUGCUCAAAGACAGCCAACUUCAAAAAUACAAGUUAAAGCAUUCUAACAGUCAUGUCAUCAGAGAUAGCCUGCGGAGAGCAAUAUGCAAAAUCGACCAGGUUCUCCGAGAGUUGGGAGAAAAGAGAGAAGGCCAAAAGAUAAAAAUUGUCAAACUUAGUUCUUUGAUUAACCAGGCUGAAGAGGAAAUGAUACAGCUACGCAAAAAAUAUGAGAAUGUCGUUCAGGUUCGGAAUGAAAGGGGAAUACAUUUGAUUGAAAGAGAAGAGGAAGUUUGCAUUUUCUAUGAGAAGCUAAGCAUUCAGGACUUAUUGAUUAGUAAUGGAGAUGUGGAAUUACACAGUAUGGAGGAUGAAAUACGAUUCUUGAAUAUUCUACUGAAAGAGGAAAAGAGACAAAUUGAAAAAGUUCGCAAAGAUGUGCCAAAUAAACAUGAAAUGGAGUCAAAUUUGAUCACAUUGCAAAAAGAGCUUGCACUAUAUCAGGACAAGGUCCAAAAUCUUGAGAAGACCUUAGUGGAUCCUUCAUGUGAGAACAGAUCACGAUUAUUAGAAGGAGAUGAUCCAUCAUUUGAUGGACUGAGUAAAAAAAUAGAAGAGAUGGACUUAAAACUGGUAAGAAAAGAGGAACAAUUAUUGGAAAAGGAUCUUAUCUCUGAUCAGGUGACCCGCCUCUCCGAACGAAUUAAUGCUAAAGUGAUAAAUGGUAAACAGGACACACUGACCUUAGCAAAAAAGGUAAAUGAAAUGCAAGGAAAGGUCAAAGAUGUUACACGGAAGAUGAUGGCCGUGGUCUCCGAGCUGUCCAUGCAACAGGCCAAUGCCAUGCAACUUCAACAGGAUGUCAGGGAUAAGCAACAAUUUCUGGAGUCAUGUUACCAACGGAUGGAGCAGGGAAUGGCACCCAGUGAAGAAUUUGAAUCAGAGUGGCUAAAAAUAGUGAAUAAAGAAAACAGACACAAAAGAGAGAUUGAGAUGAAAACCAAGGAAACUGAAGAGGAAGAAAAGCAUUUAUUGCCCGGUGGAGUCUUUACAACAGCUGAGCCGAGGCCGAAUGCAUAUAUCCCAGAUGGUGAAUCUGGACUACCUAUUCCACGACCUUAUGGAAAAAUGGUUCCAUUUAAACCCAGUGAGCCCAGUGCACACAUGCGACAUUAUAGAAAACCAGUCAUUAAGCCAAUUGAAAUAUAAAGAUAACUAUAUUCUAAAAAUCAUCACAUUAUACUCCUGGAUCCACCUACAAGGAAACAUUUUAUUUGUGUUGAUAAUAGAGCAGCUAAAAGGAUAAAUUAUUUACAAAUUGCUACUUUUUAAAAUUUAAAGAGAUCUUAAUUUCUUGGUAGUGUAUAAUUUUCAGCUUUGUUUCGAUAGACUUACAUAUGCAGAUCAAUUUGUCUUAACUAAACUCUGACACUUUCUAUUAAACUGAAAUUAGAUUGUCUUCCAAGAUACUUUAUUUCGUUUGAUAAAAGUACUGAAUUGAAAAUGCCGAAAACAGAUGCAAGAUGCCAAUGUUAAAACUUUUGCUACAAAUUUGUUCUUGCCAUAGAAGGUGAUCAAUUAUAACUCAAGUUCGUUUCUCAAUCUACUGUGUUAGGUUUUAGAGAAUUAUCAGGGAAAACAUAUUUUGUUCAGCUAUUAUCUUUCUACACAAUUAAACCACAAUGUGCUAAAUUGGCAUUUUCUGAGGGUUCCACAUUGUGUCUUAAUCCAAUGCA